AUGUUUCACCUGCUCGUGCUAGCUCAGUCGCUGCAGCGCCUGGAAACGGCCGCGAGAGCCACCGGCUCUUUGCAAGCGCAGGCGACGCUGUGCGAAGAUCUGAUCGCUCCGAGUCUCCAGCAGCACUACUGUGCGUCGGACCAGGAUUGCAACGCGCCGCGCGGCCGGUGCAGACGUGGCCGCUGCCGCUGUGCUCCGGGCUGGGGCUUGCGCAACUGCUCGUUUGAAAAUGGCGCAACGGGAGGAUCUGACCCGCAUUUCUCGGAGCGGGUGUAUUCAGGCUACUACAGCAACCUGACCUUCGCCGGCAAGACGCUCGCCAGCCCGACCGAGAGCCGACAGUCGCGCGGGACCUCGCUGAGUGGGCCAGGCAGCAACGCUGAGGAGACAGCUGGCGUGCGCACGGUUCUGCCUGUCCUCCUCUCCCUCAUGCGUGUGCGCACGGUCCUGGAUGUGCCCUGUGGCGAUUUCAAUUAUAUGCGUGAGGUUUUGAGCGCCGCCGCCACCCCGCCUGGCAUCGUAUAUCAGGGCUUGGAUAUCGUCUCGUCGUUGGUGGCGGAGCUACAAGCCACGUUUGGCACACCAAGCGAACGGCCGAAUGGCCCCUCGCCCCACCGAAUCUCCUUUGGCCGAUUCGACCUCGCUCUCGAAUACUUGUGGCCUGCAGACCUUGUGGUGGUACGCGACUUACUGUUUCACUUUUCGGCUGAGCGGGCUGCUAUGGUGCUGCGACGUAUCGCGGCGUCGGGCUGCCGGUACGCGCUCAUCACCUACUUCCCUCGUGGCAGCAACACACGCGCCGCACGGAAGUACCGCCCGGGAAAGGGGUUCUCGUCCUACGCGAGCUGGAACCUCGAGGCAGGUCCGUUUGGGCUACCUCCGCCACUGCUGCGAAUUGGCCACGACGGUAGCAGGCGCGAGCGGCGCGUGAUGGGCCUCUGGCUCUGCGCAGACCUCGCCCAUUCCGUGUGA